AUGCACCGAUCCCGGGCCUUCAAGAUGGACCCGGAGCACGGGGACCUCGUGCGGCCCUGCGGGUGCCGCGGGUCCCAGGCGUACGUGCACGCAGAGUGCCUGUGGCGGUGGCGCGAGCAGAGCGCCUCCCGGGCGCGCUGCGAGCUCUGCGGGUGCUGCUUCACCGUGGCGGGGCCCGCGACCGCGGAGGCGCGCGCCGCGGCGCUGCUGGCUGCCGGGCUGCUGGGCGUAGUCACGGUGGACGUGGCCUUGCUCGUGCUCGAGGUCUGCGGCCUCUCGGUGCCCCAGGUCACGCGCUGCGCCCGGUUCACGCCCGCGUGGCGCCGGGGCAUCGAGAGCCUGUGGCAGGCGUGCGACGCGGACGGCGACGGCUUCUUAUCUACCGAUGGCUCCAGGGACCCGCAGCAGCCCCUGUAG